AGUGCGCAAUUGCGCAGCGCACAGACCGGGCUCUGGGUGCAGAGACAGGAGAGUGCUGAGUGCAGCAGCAGCUCCUGACACAAUGACUCUUCUCCUGCUAAUGGGAAAUCUCCGAUUCACCAUGAAAACACAAGUUUCUAACUGUGCCGUGGAUGGACCCAGACCAGUCUGUGGAGACAUUAUGCUGUUGUUUAAAUGCGUUUUGGGGAGCAUGAGAAUAGGCGCUGCCUGAGGACUGUACCCACCAUGCACGCGGUGGACAUAGCGUGUACCCUGCUGCUGUUAGGGAUCAUCGUGGUGUCACUGCUAUCCAAUGUAGUAGUGCUGAUCUGUUUUUUGUACAACCCUGAAAUCCGUAAACAGGUGCCUGCGCUCUUCAUUCUCAACCUGACGUCGUGUAACCUGUUGCUCAGUGUGUCCAGCAUGCCGCUGACAGUAGUGGGACUUGUCACUACCGGACAUCCCGGAGGAAGUGUACUGUGCCAGCUAGUGGCAUUCCUGGACACUUUUCUCACUACAAACUCCAUGCUGAGCAUGGCCGCGCUCAGCAUAGACCGCUGGGUGGCCGUGGUGUUCCCGCUGAGUUAUCACUCCAGGAUACGGCACCGGGACGCUGUCAUCGCGCUGGGGUACACGUGGAUCCAUUCGCUGUGUUUUUCUGCUGUGGCCUCCUGGCGUUCGUGGCUUGGGUACCAUCACCUUUACGCCUCGUGCACGACGUGUAAUUCACGAGGCAAAGCCUCAGGAACACAGUACGUGGUCUUCACUGUGCUCCUCCACGCGCUCAGCUACUUCCUCACGCUGGUGGUGCUGUGCGUAACCUACAUGAAGGUGCUCAAAGUGGCCCGGUUCCAUUGUAAGCGCAUCGACGUGAUCACCAUGCAGACACUGGUGCUGCUUGUGGACAUCCACCCAAGUGUGAGGCAGCAGUGUUUGGAUGAGCAGAGACGCAGGAGGCAGAGGGCCAUCAAGAAGAUCAGCACCUUCAUUGGCACAUUUGUGGUCUGCUUCACUCCAUACGUGCUUACAAGAAUUGUGGAGUUGUUCUGCCUGGGGCCCAUUGACCCUCACUGGGGCAUCCUGUCUAAAUGCCUGGCCUACAGCAAAGCAGCCACUGACCCCUUUGUCUACUCACUGCUCCGCCAUCAGUACAGGAAGACUUACAGCAACCUACUCAACAAAGUGCUCAAGAGGAGUCCACUCAAUGCAUCUCAUAACAGCACAACCAGGAGUUACAAUACAGUCAACAGUGUUCAAAUCGACAAGCUGACAGACCAAUGACAGUCUAGAACACAUAGAGAUGGGACCAAUCAUAUCGCAGGAUGGUGUAGCACUGAACAGAACAAGCCUGGAGUAAUUAGUUUGUCUGCAGUUUUAUAUAUGUGCCAAAAGGUUUACAUUUUAGAUAGAAGAUAAUUUUAUAAAUAGUUUGAAUACAGCCUUUAAAGUGUAAGAUGUUGUAUUUGGUUAGAAAGAGUUAAAUAAAAAUGUUUAGGAUGUCUAUUAUUUAAAAUCAUAAAAGAUAAGAUCAAUAUUUUGAGCAAGUGCUACUACCAUUAUUUAUUUUGUUUAAAAUGCUGUUUAAUGUUUAAAAAGGAGUUGUGACAUUGGCCUAAAUUUGUUUGACUAUUCUUCUGUAGCAAGUUGUUUGGUCCAUAAAACAGCAUGGGUAUGCACUGAUGAACAAAGGCUUCAUUUCACCCGUGCCUUCAGACAGAAUCAAACACCUUUUGAUUGGGUUACAGAUCUGUGGAGUUUGCUGUUCCAUAUUUUGUAGGAUUGAUUAUUGAUUGUGGUACUGUAGCAUUUGAAUAUUUUACUGUUAAUAUCUCAACUUUAAAUGAGUUUUUAAGUAAGUGCUGCACCAAAAGAGAAACUGUUUGGUGACAAUAUACAGAACUAAGUGACUGCAAGAGUUAGAGAGGUCAAAAAUGUUGCUACAUCUGCAGAAGUGCAGAAGAAAUGCCAGUGUGUGAGAUGGGAAAGACCCAGGAUGUACCUGAUUAAGUGAAUGUACUGUUUAUAGGAGAGUUAUUGUUAUUGUAGGUUCAGACUUUAUCGUCUGAAGACUGUGAGGACCUAAAGUAUAUUUUGUUUUGUGAUAUUUGUCCCACAUUUGGUGCUAAAUGUGUUUGUGAAUAUUCUGCAUUAAAUGCUGUGCAUUUGGCAUUCCCA